UUAGCAUAUUUCAUAUCCCUGGAUCAACUUGAGUUAGUGAAACAGUUAGAAAGUAAAAAACAAAGGUAAAGUCUCUCUCGUCAAGACCCUCCGAGUGUACAAGAGGCUCUCAAACAACAAAAGCAAAAGGAUAAACUUUUGUUAGCUCAGACUAUCCACAUAGCCGUCGUCUUCCUCGCCGGACAUGCUAGAAGAUAACAAUCCACACCCAAACUUACCCAGAGAGACAAUCUCUGAUUCACGUCCACUACAAUUACCGAAUCUCUCCGAAGCCACCGAUCACCUACGCUAGUUUCAGUGGCAAUUCGAAGCUUCCAAUGAGUUUGUUCUGUAAUUCAAUCGAAACCCUUUAUCCAAAACCAUUCCUUUCACACAAAUCUCACUUCUUUACCUUCUCCAAUUCCAAAUUCCAAAACCCUAAAUUCACAAGCUUCCCACUUCGUCACCAAUGGCGGAUCGAAUCAUGUCUGAAAUCAGCAUCUUCAUCAGAAAUCGAUAUGGUAAGAAACAAAGAAGGUAUCUUUGCACCAAAGGAGAAGAAAGUUGUAGUCUUAUGGGACUUAGACAACAAACCACCACGAGGUCCACCAUACGAAGCCGCAACAGCUCUCCGUAAAGUCGCUGAGAAACUCGGCCGAGUCGUCGAAAUCUCCGCUUACGCAAAUCGUCAUGCUUUUAUCCAUUUACCUCAUUGGGUCGUCGAAGAGAGACGAGAAAGGAGGAACCUUGAUUUCAUGGAGAGGAAAGGAGAAGUGACUCCAAUUGAUCCGUACAUUUGUGGUGUUUGUGGUCGCAAGUGUAAAACCAAUCUUGAUUUGAAGAAACAUUUCAAGCAGCUUCAUGAGAGGGAGAGACAGAAGAAAGUUAAUAGGAUGAGAUCUUUGAAAGGUAAGAAACGUCAGAAGUUUAAGGAGCGUUAUGUUUCAGGGAAUGAGAAGUAUAAUGAGGCUGCGAGGAGUUUGUUGACUCCUAAAGUUGGAUAUGGUUUAGAGGCUGAGCUACGUCGAGCAGGGGUUUAUGUUAAGACGGUUGAGGAUAAGCCUCAGGCUGCGGAUUGGGCGGUUAAGAGACAGAUACAACAUUCAAUGACUAGAGGGAUUGAUUGGUUGGUUUUGGUGUCGGAUGAUAAGGAUUUUUCUGAUAUGUUGAGGAAAGCUAGAGAGGCUGAUCUUGGGACUUUGGUUGUUAGUGAUAUGGAUAGAGCAUUGGGAAGGCAUGCUGAUUUGUGGGUGCCUUGGAGUGGUGUUGAGAAGGGAGAGAUUGGUGAGAAGGAUUUGAUUCCGGGGAAGAGACCAAGGUUUGAGGAGGAUGAGGUGGGAUUUGGUGGUAAUGAUGAGUUGUUUUCGUUGUCGUAUGAUGAGGAUGAGAAGGCGGAGAUGACGGUGGAGAGUGAUGGGUUUGGGAGGUUUAAUGUAUCGGCGUUUUCGGAAGAUGAAUGGGUGGAGGAUGAAGGAGACUUUGUGUUGAGUGAUAGUAGUGAUGAUGAUAGUGAUGAUGAGCUUUUCUGAUUCAUGGUGAAUUGAGUUGCAUUUCUAAGUGUUGUUAAUUGGUUUACGAAUAGAGUUCAUAGGAGCUUUGGUCGAUGUAAUUGAAAUCAAAUGUAAAACCAUUCUUACAUAAGCCAAGAUUUUGUGCAUUCAUGUGGUCAAAGGCUUUGAGAAUUCAAGUUCUUACAUAAACCAAGAUUUUGUGGUAUUGUGGUUUGUCGAAUUGAAAUUUUGGGUUGGAG